GUGCAACAACAAAAACAUAUUUUGUGUGUGUUGUCUACAGCUUUACGAAGAAUUUUGCACAAUAUAUCACAUAGAAAAGUGUCAGUUGCCUAAAUUCCAAAUUAUUGUGACUAACUGAAAGCAGAAGCUGUCGGUGGGCAAAUCCAUAUAUUAGUUUUCUCAAAUUCAUUGGACAUUUCGUUUGGCUAGCCGUUUAAGCGGGCAGGACAAACAAAAAGCAGGAGCGGAGCGGUGUGGAGCAAAGAGACUUGACAACAACAUACAUUGUCAGAGCGAGAUAGAUAGUAAUAGAGGAGAGGCCAGGAAAGACGUAGGGUAGUCGCAGACGCGUGCACACUUUACUUUCAGCAGUGAAUUUCAUACGGCAUUUUGUGGGUGUUCAGCGGAGGAGCGUGUUGGGACUACGCCAGGAAAGAUGGUUAAAGCUAAAAAGGGCAAGAAAGAGAUAUUGACCACAGCGGAAGGAGGUGGCGGUUCCUCAGGGGAAGAGAUCAUGAACUCUGACAUGGACAGUGACCACCAGGUGAGCGUCAAGAAUAAGAAGAAUCAGCAGCAGCAGCAGCCGGCAAAGGGUAAAAAGAAGAACAAGAAAGUGGAAUCCGAGGAUGAGGAGAGCGCAACUGAAGAGUUAUCGAAGGCUGUCACGAAACUAAAUGUCCAGGAAACCAAGAGUAAAAAGAAGUCGAAGGCACAAUUAGAGGAUUCUGAUGAUGAAGCAACAUCCGCUGCAACCAAAAGCAAAGGCAAGGCCGCAAAGAAAUCCGCCUUUGAGUUGCUAAUGGACGAUGAUGAUGAUGAUGACGAUGGUAAUGCAUCGCCGCCAGCAGUGGAAAGCGAACCAGACGAUGACGAUGACAAAGUGGUGACAAAAGCCCAGAAAAAGAAUGAGAAAAAGGGCAAAAAGUCAAAGCGCAAGGGCAAGGGUGGCGACGAUGAUGAGGAUUUGGAUAAGGUAUUGGCUGAACUUCAGGCUGAAUAUGCUGGUGAAGCACCAGCACCACCUACCACUACUGUUGUCUCACCCGAUGAUCUCGAUGACGAGGAGUUUAGCAAGAAACGUAAGAAUAAGAAAGCACCCAAGGAUAAACCAGAUGAAAAAGAUGCUGCUGCCAAUGAUGAAGAUGACGAUGGCUUGGAGGAGGGCGGCAUGAAGACGGCUGCUCAAAAGAAAAAAGAGAAAAAGGAGCGACAAAAGCGUGAAGCAGCAUUGGCCAAGCAGCGAGGAGCAACCGAGCCCAAGCCCAAGGCUGCCGAGAAGCCAUCACCGCCGCCAGAGCCAGAAGCAGCAGCAGCAGAAGAAGAAGUCACAGAGGAGAUCAAGCCAGAGACUGAGGGUGAUGCCGCCGACGAAAGCGGAAAAGGUGCCAAAAACAACAAGAAGAAGGGUAAAAAAGAUAAGAAAGCAGAAGCAGCCGAAGAUGAGGGCAAGGGCAAGAAGAAGGGUAUGUCCGCUGCCAUAGUCGCAGCCAUGCAGGAGCAACUCAAGAAGCGUAAAGAGGAGGAAGAGCGUCUGCAAAGGGAGGAGGAGGAACGUAUUAGGCUGCACGAUGAGCGCGAAGAGGCUCGCUUGGAGGCUCUACGCCUGGAGGCCGAAAAGAAGGAGAAGAAAAAACAGCGUGAAGCAGAGCGCAAAGCUCGCCUUAAGGCCGAGGGUAAAUUACUGACCAAGAAGCAAAAGGAAGAUCGUGCCCGUGCCCAAGCACUGUUGGAAUCACUUAAAGCACAAGGCUUGGAGAUUCCAGAUCCCAAUGAGAAGAGGGCACCACGACCAGGUACACGCAUACGACCCAAUAAGAAGAAGGCACCCAAAGAUGAGGCUGCCGAAGGCGAUGAGACCAAAGCCACGGUCGAGGAGAAGGCCAAGGAAGCAGCAGCUGCUGCUGCCGCCGCUGCCAGUGAGACCACGCCCAAGGAGGAGGUGGUUAAGGAUAGCUGGGAUGCCACCGAUAGCGAAGCAGAACCAGAAGCCGAAGAUGAAUCUUCACAGGCGACCACGAAUAAUGGCAAAGCCGAUGACGAUGGAACGGGCGAUGAUGACGACAGCAACGAUGAAGACGACGAUGAUGACGAUGAGAAUGACGAUGACGAUGACGAUAGCGAUGCCUCAUCCUCGUCGGCUGAUGAAAAAGAAGAUGCCAAUCUGGCCAAUGAUCCCGAAUCUCGACGUCUCAGAGCCGAGGCGCGUAUUAUCAAACGUCAGGCCGAGGCCGAGAAGAAACGCACCACAGAUGAACUGCGUGCCGGUGUUGUCUGUGUUCUGGGUCAUGUCGAUACGGGUAAAACUAAAAUUCUCGAUAAAUUGCGUCGUACCCAUGUCCAGGAUUCGGAGGCUGGUGGCAUUACCCAACAGAUUGGUGCCACCAAUGUGCCAAUUGAUGCCAUUAAGGAGCAAACGAAAUAUGUGAAGUCAGCCAUUGGAUUUGAGCAUCGAUUGCCUGGUCUGCUCAUUAUCGAUACACCCGGACACGAGUCCUUCAGCAAUUUACGUAAUCGUGGUUCGUCUCUUUGUGAUAUAGCCAUCCUGGUGGUGGACAUUAUGCAUGGCCUGGAGCCUCAAACCCUUGAAUCCAUCCAGUUGUUGAAGAAAAAGAAAUGCCCCUUCAUUGUUGCCCUCAACAAGAUCGAUCGUCUGUAUGAUUGGCAAGUGUUGCCACGUCGUGAUGUCCGCGAUGUGGUGAAAGAGCAGCAGGCCAACACCCAGCUAGAAUUCCAACAGCGCACCAAGGAUGUUAUUCUGCAAUUUGCCGAACAGGGUCUCAAUGCCGCUCUAUACUAUGAGAAUACAGAUCCCAAGACCUAUAUCUCCCUAGUGCCCACAAGUGCCAUCACCGGCGAGGGUAUGGGUAAUCUUCUCUUUAUGAUUGCCGAUUUCUGUCAGAAUAUGCUGACCAAACGACUGAUGUACUCUGAGGAAUUGCAGGCCACUGUUCUCGAAGUGAAGGCUCUGCCUGGCCUGGGCACUACCAUCGAUGCCAUUCUGAUCAAUGGCAAGCUACGCGAGGGUCAAACAAUGGUUGUUGCCGGCACAGAUGGUCCCAUAGUCACACAAAUACGUUCCUUGCUCAUGCCCCAGCCCAUGAGGGAGUUGCGUGUCAAGAAUGCCUAUGUGGAGCACAAGGAGGUGAAGGCCGCUCAAGGUGUCAAAAUUGCUGCCAAAGAUUUGGAAAAAGCCAUUGCUGGCAUCAAUCUGCUUAUUGCCCAUAAACCCGAUGAGGUUGAAAUAUGCAAAGAGGAAGUUGCCCGUGAGCUAAAGAGCGCAUUGAGUCACAUUAAAUUGGCCCCGUCAGGUGUUUAUGUACAGGCUUCCACUUUGGGUUCCUUAGAGGCAUUGCUAGAGUUUCUACGUACCUCCAAAAUUCCGUAUUCGGCUAUUCGCAUUGGUCCUGUGGUUAAACGUGAUGUAAUGAAGGCUUCCACCAUGCUGGAGCAUGAGGCACAAUAUGCAACAAUUUUGGCUUUUGAUGUUAAGAUAGAGCGUGAGGCUCAGGAAAUGGCCGAUUCGUUGGGCGUUAAGAUAUUCCAAGCGGACAUUAUCUAUCAUCUGUUCGACAAGUUCACCGCAUAUCGUGAGGAGCUAAAGAACAAGAAACGUGAAGAGUUCCGUUCCAUAGCAGUCUUUCCAUGCAAACUAAAGAUACUGCCACAGUUUAUAUUCAAUAGUCGUGAUCCAAUUGUGAUGGGUGUGAUGGUGGAGAAUGGCAUUGUUAAAGUUGGAACACCAAUUUGUGUGCCCAGCAAGGAGUUUGUGGACAUUGGCAUUGUCACAUCGAUUGAAUCGAAUCACAAGCAAAUCGAAUUUGCGCGCAAAGGUCAAGAGAUUUGUAUAAAAAUCGAACCAAUUCCUGGUGAAUCACCAAAAAUGUUUGGACGGCACUUUGAGGCGGAUGAUAUGCUUGUCAGUAAGAUAUCACGCCAGAGUAUUGAUGCCUGCAAGGAUUAUUUCCGCGAUGAUCUGAUCAAGGCCGAUUGGGCAUUGAUGGUCGAACUGAAGAAACUCUUUGAGAUUUUAUAAAUCCAUCUCUCCUGAUUGUCGUCUAUGAUCUCUCUAGUGAUCAUAUUUGCCAAAAUAGACAAGAAACGUACAACAACAACAACAACCAGAAGACGAAGAAGCAACAAACAAACAAACAAACAACUCUAUUAACUAUUUGAAACUUGCAGACUGUGUGCACUCUUUCUCAAUGAUAAUGAUCAAGUCAAGUGAUCAUGAUGAUGAUGAAGAUGAUAAUGAUGAUGAUGAUGAUUAAUGAUCCCGGCCAAGUUGAUACAGUUGUUGAUUCCUUUAAACAACUUCACACACUCUCUCUCUCUCUAUCUCCCUCUCUAUUUAUCUCUCUCUCUCUCCCACUCUGUCUGUGAAUCCUUCUCUUUCACUCUAUUUCUUUAGUUUUUUUUUUUUUGGAAUACUUGUGCAGUCAAUGGAAUCAAUCAAUCGAUCGAUCAGUCAAUGAGUCGUGGUCAUUUUCAUUGUCGCUUAAUAAUUGUGUUAAUGGUUUUUAAAAUCGAAAUUUGUAAAACGCUUUUCAAUGCAACAUUUUUUGCCUGAGCCUUUUUAAUUUUUUUUUGUUA